CUGUUGGGUCAGUUUUCUGUUGGCUCUACACCGAACACGUUGUGUGAUUUUUUUUUGCCGUUCAGCUUUAUCAGUCAAGUGACACCAAGAAAUGGCGACCCACUCCAUCGUUGACCUGCGCUCGGACACCGUCAGCCAGCCCACGGAGCAGAUGCGGGCCAGGAUGGCCUCCGCCGUCGUGGGGGAUGACGUGUACGGCGAGGAUCCCACCGUCAGCGAGCUGGAGGCGCGGACAGCGGCCAUUUUCGGCAAGGAGGCGGGCCUCUUUGUGCCCAGCGGCACCAUGGGAAAUCUACUGGCAAUUAUGGUCCACUGCCAUCGUCGGGGAACUGAGGCCCUGGUCGGCGAUUUAUCGCACGUCUUUCUGUACGAGCAAGGUGGCGCCUCGCAUUUGGCCGGGGUCCAAUUAGCCACGGUGAAGAACGCUCAGGAUGGCACCUUCAGCCUGCAGGAGCUGCGCCGCAGGAUCCGGGACGACGACUGCCACGAGCCCGCCACCGCGCUGGUGGUGGUGGAGCAGACCCACAACAUUUGCGGUGGCAAGGUGGUGCCGCUGGCCUUCCUGGACGAGCUGGCCGCCCUGGUCCGCCAGCCGGGCGUGGGAACCGGUGGCGCUCGCAUCGCCCUCCACAUGGACGGAGCUCGGGUCUUCAACGCCGCCGUCGCCUUGGGCGUGGGUGUGGAGCGCAUCUGCCGCGACUUCGACUCGAUUUCCGUCAGCCUCAGCAAGGGAUUAUCGGCCCCCGUGGGAUCCGUGUUGGUGGGCUCCAAGGCCUUUAUUUCGAAAGCACAUCGACUGCGCAAAGCCCUGGGAGGUGGCAUGAGGCAGGCGGGCAUCAUAGCAGCAGCUGGACUCGUGGCCCUGGAAGAAGUGGUGCCACUUUUGGGCAAGGAUCAUGAGCGCACCAAGAAACUGGCCAAGGCUAUUUACGACUUGAAAAGUCCCAAUAUCACCGUGCAACUCGAGACUGUGCAGACCAAUAUUCUUCUGGUGGAGAUUACCCAACCCAAGCUGACGGCCAGCGAGUUCGCCACUCGCCUGGCAACCGUGGAGUCCGGCGAAGUGGAAGCCGGAGUCACGGAUAAAAACGGAGCCGGCAUCGUGGUGAAGGCCAGUGCCCGGGAUUGGGCUUUUGCCCGGCUGGUGCUCUACCACCAGGUGGACGACGAGCAGGUGGAGCUGGCCAUCAGGAAGCUGAAGUACGUCAUCGGGCAGUACGACCAGCGGUGGCCCAGGGCCUAGACUAUUGUAAUUCUUUUGAAUAUUACCGAAAAGACAAACACAAUUAGA